AUGAGACGAUAUAGCAUGAGAUCACAAAUUAUUGGAAUUACCCCUACAAAUCUCGAACUAAGCAGAGAGCCUCAGCAUACAACUGAGUCCCCAGAAGAUGUGGAAGACAGGCCCGAUCUCACGGGCGAGCAACGCCAGGAUGCCUUUGGAGACAAGCGAUUCGCAGAAGUCAAGUACAGAACACUGAGUUGGUGGCAAGGAGGCCUUCUGAUGGUCGCUGAGACUAUCUCCCUGGGCAUCCUCUCCCUCCCAGCUGCCGUGGCCGGGCUGAGCUUAGUCCCAGCAAGUAUCAUUCUGGUCGGGUUAGGGCUGUUAGCCAGCUACACAGGCUAUGUGGUUGGACGAUUCAAAUGGAGAUACCACCAUACCUCCAGCAUGGCUGAUGCUGGCGAGGUGCUGAUGGGCCGGAGAGCUGUUUGGGACUGCGCAGCUGCUUUUCCUUGUUUUUCUCAUGGCGAGUCAUAUCCUCACUUUUACUGUGGCCCUAAACACCAUCACUCGGCAUGCCAUCUGCUCCACUGUCUUUGGCAUUGUGGGGUUGGUCGUUUCGUUGCUCAUGUCACUACCUCGGACUUUGGAGAAGUUGUCCUGGCUUUCCUUGUCAGCCACAACACGCUCUUCACCUUCAUGGCCGAGCUGAAAGAUCCGAAAGAUUCUCCGAAAGCUCUAGCAGUUUUACAAACCAUCGAUAUUUCCCUCUAUAUCAUCGCUUCCAUCGUCAUCUAUCGGUAUACCAGGGCCGACGUUGCCUCUCCUGCAUUGGGAUCCGCUGGUCCGUUGAUCUCAAGGAUAGCCUAUGGAAUUGCCCUUCUCACUAUUCUUCUUGCUGGAGUCAUCAACACCCACGUUGCCGCCAAUUCUAUCUAUAUCCGGCUCUUCGCUGGCACGGAUCGCAUGCACAAGCGGAACUGGGUGAUUGCAUGGAUCAUUGUAUCUGCUAUUCCAGUGUUUAACAAUCUCCUCAGUUUGAUUUGCGGUCUUGGUCUUUAUAGCUCCGGGAAGGCGAUUCAUGAUAACCCCGGCAGUGGCAGUUUCUUAUGUGCGAACAAUGUGUAA